AUGUCUCAAUUUUCGAGCUCGCCGAUGACCACCGCGUCUUCUGGAUCUAAAAAGGUUAACCCAGAAAUCCCGUCGCCGAUCACUAAGGGAUAUCUCGGAGAGCUUGGAUGCAUCAUCUUUGAUGAUGCGAGCCGCAACGUCGCCAAGGCAGAUAUUGCCCUUUACUAUAAGCAUAAGAUGGAGCUCGAGAAGCAGGGUCUACAGAAAGAGGCUGAAUGGGAUGGAACCCCAAUUGACUACGCGAUGUACUAUUACCAUCGCUUCUUCCAUGAUGAAGGCUGCGUCUGUCCUCACGAGUUUGGUCCAAUAUUCAAGGGUCCUGGUAAAUAUGCUGGAGGUGCAUACAAUUGCUACAAUCCCAAAGAGUUCUCGCCUACUCUCCCCGCCGCUAGCGGAAGUCAUCUACACCCUCAUCUGAACAACGGACAUGCUGGCGAGUCUUCAGCAAAUGCAUCAAAAAGCCUACUAGACAUUGAGCGACAACGAUGGGACAAGAUCCAAGCCUACUGGCGUCAUGAAUCUAUCAACUCGCCGUUCGUGCCUUCAACAUUCGACGAAUAUCUCAAGUUCAAGAAUGACAACAUGAAAGCUAAGCAGCUUGCGAUCAUCAAGAUGAUGGAGGACCCCGACAACUUCAUCACCUAUAAAAAUAGCAAAGCCUGUGGUCCCUCUGUUCAAAUGUCUCCGAAGUUGCUUGAGAUUCACAACACGGAUAACCUUAGCCUGGCCAGCUCGCGCGUUUCCAUCUGGCAUGAGAAUACCGAACUGUUUGCGCCUAUCGACUGGCCGCUUCAAUGGGAGUAUGAGUAUUAUCAGGGAAAGUUACCUUUGCCUCGUACUCAGGAGGUUGCCUACCAAUUCGAGGAAAUGGUCGACCGAUACAAACUCUUUCCUCCCUAUGGCCCUCGAGUCCCUCGCCAGUUUCGCAAAAUUGCUAACCGGGUACUCUCGCCUACCCUCGAUGGCAUGACUAGACCAGAGUAUUGGGACAUAGUCCGGGAGGGAAAUAUGGAAACCCCUCAAAUCGAGGUGAAGGAGCUUAAUGGUUUCUUGCAGCAAUUACUCCAAGAUAUCGACGAGGAAGACCCCAUGAUCUGA